AUGUCGGCCAUUGGGAUGCCACCACACAUCUUAACCCUGUUCCAAGCGAGGCCGCCACUCACUUUUCACAAGCCCAUUCAGAAAAAGAAGCAUGAAGCGUACAGCGGCAUUUCCGAGUAUGUGAAUCUGUUCGAGGAUAAAGAACCGCCCCCAAAAAUAAAGUUGGAAAAUCCUAAAGAAAGAAAGGAAAGAAAAAAAAAAGAAAAAAUAACCUACAAUGAAUUAAUGCUAAAGGAAAUGAGAAAACACUAUGACCCAUUUAAAAAUCCUGAUUUGACAGAAGACCCGAACAAAACAAUUUUUAUUGGACGACUCUCAUACGAUGUAAAUGAAAAAAAAUUAAAAAAAGAAUUUGAAGUGUACGGGAAGAUAAAAAAAGUGAAAAUAAUAUUUGAUAAGAAUUUGAAACCCAAAGGAUAUGGGUUCAUAGAAUUUGAACACACAAAGAGUUUUAACGAUGCAUAUAAUUUAGCUGAUGGGAAGAAGAUAGACAAUAGAAGAAUUCUGGUAGAUGUGGAAAGAGGGAGGACUGUGAAGAAUUGGGUACCUAGACGACUGGGUGGUGGAAAAGGACCUCCAAGAGGAUCAGAUGAAAGGAAACAAAUUACUCAUAAUAUUAAUUGGACAGCUCUUAUUAACAAGGAUAAGUACAGAAAUGACAAAAAGAGGGUAGAAGAGAUUUACAAGAAUGUGGCGCUGUAUAAUGAGCGGAACGAUGACGACAGUGAUGAUUUGAAUGACGCAUCGAGGGGUCACAGACGCCAUAAGAGGGACGAGCACAGGAGCUCCAAGCGGGAUCGCCACCAUAGAAGUAAGCGCAGUGAGUCGCACGAUCGCCACAGGCACAAGCACAGGCGCAGGGACAGCCGCGAUCGGGACAGGGACAGGGACAGACAUAGAGACAGAGACAGGCGCGAUCGGGAUAGAGAUAGGGAUAGGGACAGGCACAGAGACAGGGACCAUGAGCGGGAGCGCCACCACAAGCGCGAUCACAGUUAUAGUCACAACCGCGAGCAUGACAAGCACAGGCACAGAAGCCGGGAUAGGGGAAAUGAAAGGGGCGCCUACUUUCCGAACGGGGGAGAACACAGAGGGGAUCAUGAGCAAGCGGGUUCCCACAUGAAUAUGGACAAUGGUUACGGGGACGACUGA